AUGGGGGAAAAAAGAAAAAAGAUCCCUCAGGACCCGGCGGUCAGUCCCUUGCUUUUAAUUGGCGUUUUAGUAGCGCGUUGCCCUGAAGUGCCCCCUGCUGGACGAGGCGAGUCUUGCGGGCGCGUCUUCCCGGGACCUCGGAACCCGCCCGAGUCACCCCUAAACGCACCUGCUCGUGGGCAGCGCGAUGCCCAGCCCCACGGGGCCCCUCUGGGCGCCUGCUGUCCGCCGGGGCCCGCCCGGGGCGCCACGCUGGAGCCCGCCAAAGGGGGCCCGGGUGGGACGGGGGGGAGGCUCACGGCCUGGGGGCGGGGCAGGCCAGGUCUCACCGACAAGUGGGGAGACUGGGGCGCUGCCGGGCCCCGCCGUGGCGCCGGCCACGCUGGGUCUCCGGGCCGUGAGUCCGAGCUGCGGGAUCCGGGGUUACUUAAAACACAGCGUCGUCGGGCCGAGCCUUGCGUGUCGGCGGGACUCCGCGCUGGGGCGGCCGCUCUGGAAGGCGGCGUGGCAGGUCCCCACAAGUGCCGGGUGCCGCCGCUGCACGAGCCAGCGGCCCCUUCUGCGUGCGCGGCCGAGGGGGAGGAAAGCGGGCACCUGAGGAGAGACCCGCACUCCCCUGCCCGCAGCCGCAGGACUCACCGGAGCGGCCGCUGGGACAGCCCACGUCUGCCGCCAGAAGAGUGGACACCAUGCGGCACGUCCACGCAACGGAGUGUCACUGCCCAGACGGAGGAAGAAAGGAGGGACCCGACCCCUGCCACACGCUGAGGCACCCCGAGGACACGGAUUUUAUUUAUUUAUUUGACAGAGACGCACUGAGAGAGGGAGCGCGGAGGGAGAACCCGGCUUCCCGCCAAGCAGGGAGUCGGAGACGGGGCUCCAUCCCAGCACCCUGGCGGGGGACCAGGACCUGAGCCGAAGGCAGACGCUCCGCUGACUGAGCCACCCAGGCGCCCCACGUGGGACUCUUUCCGGAGCAGGUGUCCAGGCAGGAGACAGCUGGAGGCUGUGCAUGUGAGGGUCCUGGUCGUGCACACCAGGAAGGGACUGGGAGCCCCGGAGGGCCAGAAGCAGUGAAGGAUUUCUCCCCUUGACAGUCCCCUGUUCCUGGGGGUGUCCCACCACCGCAGCCUCCCACACCUCCUCGUGCGCCCACAGUAUCGGGGCGGAACAGCCUGAGGACCUAGGGGUCAGAACCCAGCCAGACACAGAAUCUGCAACAUGUAUCUGUAAAGCGGGUCAAUGCAAAAGAGUGAAGGUGCCCUCAGUUCGGGGGGUGGGGUGUGUGUGCACAAACCUGGAUUUCAUGCGCCCACCUGGGGUAAGACUUUAGUAAUGAAAACAAGAAAUGGAGGCGGGGGCAGAUGGGAGGCGUCUCCAACAGGGCGCCGGGGUGGGCUCUCCCCCCUCUGUUUUAGUCCACUUGGUGGAUUUUUUCCUUUAUUUAGGGGAAAGUCCCAUUAACAGAGUCAAUCAUUUUAUUUUCUUAAGAUUUUGUUUUUAAGUAAUCUCUGCACCUCCGGUGGGGCUUGAACCCAUGACCUUGAGAUCAAGAGUCACAUGCUCCACUGACUGAGCCACGCAGGCGCCACCAGAGAGCGCCCGUGAUUGAUUACUUAAUAUUAUCAAUAAUUAUCAAUUAUUCAUAAUUAUUUUGGAAGUGAAAA